GCCGGGCGGGAGCGGGGGCGGGGUCUCCGGGUCCAGUCGGCGUCUCCUUCGGGAGCUGAGAGCCCCCAGUCCUGGCGCGGAGGAGCCUCGCUUUCCCCGCGUGCGGCCCGCGGUGCUUGGCGGCCCUGCCUGGACUGUGGGCGGUGGGGCGGGGUCCGGCUCUCCGUCCUCAGGUGUGCCUGGCAGAGGCUCAGGUCGCCCCAUCUGCAGGUGGAGGAUGGGCGCAUGAGGGUCCCGGGGCCGUGGCCUGGCGCAGCGUGUGGACCCCGGCCCAGCCUCUGCGACGUCAGCAGCAUGAGCCUCCCGAGCAGCGGGCCGGCGGGCGGCAUCUUUGACCUGGACUGCACCUCCGGGCAGGUCCGCUGGGCACUGGUGGCCGCCGGGUGCGCCUUCUACCUGGGCGUCUUUGUGGCCUGCCACCAGCUGUCAUCCUCCCUGAACGCCACCUACCGCUCCCUGGGGGCCCGGGAGCAGGUCUUCUGGAACCUGGCGGCCACACGCGCAGUCUUUGGCAUCCAGGGCACCGCGGCGGGGCUACGGGCGCUGCUGCUGGACCCCGUGCUCCAGGCCGACAAAGUGCUCGGCCAGCAGAACUGGUGCUGGUUCCACAUCGCCACGGCAACCGGCUUCUUCCUCUUCGAGAACCUCGCACUCCACGUGUCCAAUGCGCUGUUCCGCACAUUCGACGGGUUCCUGGCCGUCCACCACCUCUUCGCCUUCCUCGGGUUUCUCGGCUCCGUGGUCAACCUCCAAGCUGGCCACUACCUGCCCAUGAUCACGCUGCUCCUGGAGAUGAGCACUCCCUUCACCUGCAUCUCCUGGAUGCUCCUGAAGGCCGGCUGUGCGGACUCGCUGCUCUGGAGGCUGAACCAGUGGCUGAUGGUCCACCUCUUCCACUGCCGCAUGGUCCUCACCUACCACAUGUGGUGGGUGUGCCUGGGCCACUGGGACAGCCUGGCCCGCAGCCUCUUCCCGCCGCACUGGGCGCUCUUCGUGGUCGGGCUGGGCCUCCUCACGGUCCUCCUCAACCCCUACUGGACCCGCAAGAAGACGCAGCAGCUGCUCAACCCCGUGGACUGGAACUUCGCGCCCGGCCGCCCCAACGGGCCGGCGCCGCCCAAGAAGACGAGGUAGCGGCCUCGGCCCGGACUGUCCCCGCGGCGCUGGCCCCAGGCCGCGUGAGUACUGACUUCCACGUGGCGCCGAGUACCUGCACCUGGGCGCGCCUCGGGGACAGAGUCCCGCCGUGGUGACGUCCCGGCCCGAUGUGCUCAUUCCCGCGAGCUUGGCCUGUCUGCGCCGUCGCCCCAAGGAGGGCCCGCGUGGACGGGUCGCACUAAAGCGUGUGUGCGUCUUACUCAACAGCCCCGUUCUUUUUAGUUGGAGAGAACUGCCCCAAGAGACAUAAUCCGGUCCCUUACCCUGUUGACAUUCCCAGGGCUGAGAUGUAAGCCGCGUCUCGGCAGCGCCAUCUCGUGGCGAGCGCGGGGCAUCGGCCUGGCUUGCGGCUGGGGGCAGCGGAGGGGUCUUCUCACCAGGGAAGCUUGUCCGGCGAAGAGUUUUGUUUCCGUCUUGUGUUUCUCUGUUGACACAUUAAGAGAGGUGUUAGUAAUCAGAUUUGUCUAGAUUUUAGAGCUGUUUUUAACUAAGUUUCCAACAGGUGCCCCGCCAGACCCUAACCCCCUGGUUGGGGGGCAGUGGUCGGGCAGAGGUCACUCUCCCUGCGAGCAGUGGGUGGCCCUGGCCCCUUGGAGUGCCCGGCUGCAGGGCCCCCUCCUCACCUCCCGGUGACGAGCCCGGGCCCCGCCUUCACUGUGUUGGGCCUGGGUGGAAUCUACACGCCGACCCACAGUUUUAUUGACGAAUACAUACUGACGUUUUAUUCUUGCCAUGAGUGGGCAAUUAAAAUGAAAAGCUCGUAUUUACUGACAGUGCCCUUGAACUGUUUUUGAAAAACACAUUUAUUGGUCUUGAAAAUCAUGUGUGCCUUGUGCUUGGUCUGUAACACGGCCCCUCGGAAGGGUGUGUGCUGAUUUCUGGUACUGUGACUUGACUGUACGUAGGUCAGGAGAUGUGAUCCCUCCUUGUGUCAUUUUGAUAAGCGUUUUAAUCCUAGAAACAUCCAGCAAACCGUGUCCCUGCUGAGACUCCUCUCUCCCUCGCUGAAGACCCUGGGCACCCGCUGCCCACUCUCCUGUCCGCAAGCGGGGGGAGCCGAGCUGGCUGUGUUUCCAGCCAGUCAGAACUUUAAUAAAGUAACCGAUGUUUACAGAA